GCGUCUGUCAAAAACAGUUUGUUGAGAUUGGCAGUGCGGAGUGGAUGUAAUUUUGUGUUUUAUUUAAUUUUAUUUCGCUACAAUGACGAAAUGGUGGAAUUGGGUGCUCGGGAUAGCGUUAUUCUGUUUAUUAUUUGUCGCCAUACCCAUAACGCUAAAUAAACAGAAAUCUAUGGAAGAACUCAAGCCAAUGUUUGAUGAUUAUAUAGCAAAGUUCAAUAAAAGUUAUAGAAAUCCCGAAGAAUACAUGGCAAGAUUUCAGCAUUUUGUGGCAUCAGUACGAGAAAUAGAACUCCUAAACGCUGGCUCCAGAGGUCCAGACCACUGCAAAGCCAAAUACGGUCUGACAAGACUAUCAGACAUGUCGAAAACUGAGUUCAAAGACAUACAUUUGUCAGACGAGAAACUCCCUGCAGAAGCUAUUAAUAGGAGAAGAGACAGGUCUAAUAGGAAAGCAAGGCAUACAGAUGAUGGAGAUUGUAAUAAUGAGCCCCAUAAUAAUGUUUAUGUUAUUAUCAGGAAGAAACGGGCAGCUGCGUUGCCUUUGCAGGUUGACUGGAGGACCAAAGGUGUAAUAGGUCCCAUACAAGACCAGGGCUUAUGUGGUGCUUGCUGGGCGUUCAGCACCGUUGGCACCAUUGAAGCCAUGUCUGCCAUCAAGACUGGGAAGCUGGAUAAGCUUAGUGUGCAGGAAGCAAUAGACUGCGCAGGUCUAGGCAACAGCGGUUGCGCCGGCGGCGACAUCUGCCUACUCCUAGACUGGCUGACAAUGACUGACACAGCCAUACCGACGGAAGCGGAGUACCCGCUACGUUUGACUGACGGCGUUUGUAAAGCGAAGAAAAAUACUACGGGAGUUAAAGUGAAGACUUUUACUUGUGACGAUUUUGUGGGCUCUGAAGACAAGAUCCUGACGUCUUUAGCGAACCAUGGGCCAGUCACCGUGGCCGUCAACGCUCUUACAUGGCAACACUAUCUAGGAGGAGUUAUACAGUUCCAUUGCAGCGGUUCAGCAUUAGAACUAAACCAUGCGGUCGAGUUAGUGGGCUACGAUUUAACCGGCGACGUUCCGUUCUACAUAGCCAAGAAUUCCUGGGGAAAGGACUUUGGUAACGCGGGCUAUCUCAACUUGGCUAUUGGCUCUAACAUCUGUGGUUUAGCCAAUGAGGUUGCUUCUGUUGAUGUUAAAUAAGAAGUAAUUUUAAAAGGCUUAUGUUUAACUGAUCACCAGAAAUAGUAACAAAUAGCAGACAAAAAUAGUAAAUGAUCACCAAAAUGAAACUCGCAUUUUAAUGUAAAAUGAUAACCAAAGUUUUAACACUUUGCUAUCCUAUUUAAGUGAAAUUACUCCAAAAUAAAUCAUGCGCAAGCCAAAAAUAGUAAAUGAUCACCAAAAUUAAACCACCAUUUUAAAGUAAAAUGAUAACCAAAGUUUUUACAUUCUGCUAUCCUAUUUAAGCAAAAUGAGUCCAAAUAAAUCAUUGUUAUCCCAAAAGUAGUAAAUGAUCACCGAAAGUAGUGAAUGAUCAUCAAAAUUAUACCAGCGUUUUAAUAUAAAAUGAUAAUCAAAGUUUUUACAUCUUGCUAUCCUGUUUAAGUAAACUGACUCCAAAAAAAUAAGUUCGGCCUGAUACAAUAAAUGUAAUAACAUUAUGGGGACCCUUUUCCUGCACUAGGGUGGAAAAUUGUCUAUUGCAUGCCUCUAAACAGUGCGAUAAGAGUGUGUUUUCGAGGGAGUGUAUUG